AUGCCAAUAGACAAAACACCGUUGUUUCGCGCUCGAGUAAAAAUGCUACGAACGCAGGAAGCAGCGCAAUUAAAGCGAAGUGAAAUGCAAAAGCAACAACAACAAACCGAAAAUUCUCUUGACAGCUUCGAGCAAAUAAUUCAUCCAGAAAAACCGAACCCUUCAAAUCUCAAUUUUUUGUCAUGUACAGUUGAAGCUCAAAGAAUUCGUCGAAAAUUAAUCACCCUUCGAAAUAUGGUUGUCAGUGAAAGGAAGAAUUAUAUUUCCGAUAUUGGUCAUUCCAGACGACUAAUAGCAUCAUAUACAGAUAGUAUGAGUGAUUUUGAACGAGACGAAUUAGAUGCAAAAAUUGAAGAAAUGAUACGGAAUUGCAUAAAAUCGAUACAAGCCUUGCAACAUAAAAUCAACAGUAGCAAUUUACGAGCCCCUGAUGAAGGUCCGCAUUUGUUCGAGGUUUUGCGAAUGCUUGGUAAGCAUCUCAAUGCAACGACUAAAAUUGUUGCUGAAAUGCGAGCUUUGCGAACAAAGAAGAUAAGCAAUAUGCGACGAACGUGCAGGCUGGCGACACUGGCACAAUUAUACAGCAUGAAGAGACAUAAAACGCUGACGCAACCGUCGGCUAAUGAAAAUUCGACUGAAACCAUAUCACUGAAGUCCAAUAUCUCGUCAAUUUCAGACUCAAUGCUUAGUGAUGCCAUCAUUUUUGGUAAAGAUGGUUUGAGGAAGAGGAUUCUUCAGAAUACGGAUAUCAAAGAAGAUGGAAUCAGAAAGUCGGAGCAUGAUGGAUGGUCUGAUGUGCAAAUAUUUGAUUUCCAAGAAGUUGAACAAGCAGAUGAUGUAGAUUCACUUAAUAACUUAGAUGACGAUGAACGUACCCAGCUUGUGAUUGAAAAUGGGCGAUUGUAUUCUCAGUCACUUCAAGUGGAUAAUGAUAUUCAAAAGGUGGAAAAGCAGAUGGCGGAGUUAUAUCAGUUGCAAGAGACAUUUGCCGAAAAGGUUUCGGAACAGGAAAAAGAUAUAAAUGUUGUAAAUGAAACAACAUUGCUGACAGUUGAGAAUAUUCGAGUUGGAAACGAACAGAUUCGUCAAGCAAUCCAGAACAUGGCAUCUAGACGCGUGAUUCUUCUAUUUUGUAUUAUUGUUCUUACAUUUACAUUACUUUUCUUAGACUGGUAUAAUCCCUAA